AUGGAAGAAGGAUCCAUCGAGCAGCCCAGAAAGGAGGAGUUGAAGUUCCAGCAGUUGAGGACCAAACUCAAACAAGUUAUCAGAAAGAAGAUGAGUAUUCCUGAUCAACCUGUAAAAAGUAAUCAUUCCUUGUGGUUUGACGGUGAUUAUGGUUCUUUCUUUGGACCUUCACAGUCUUCCAUCGCUCCAAGAUUGCUUGAAGACAACGCUUUAUUAGUCCUCUACAAAAAAUCUGAAGUUGCCCUUCUUCAGAAGAAUGAGAGACAAACUGGGGCUUCAGGUUCUAAGCCUCUGGCUGCAUCCACUGAUCAAAAACCAUCAACGAGCAAUAUUCUUGGGGCAAGAGUGCAACCAAAGAUCAUGAAAGAAUCAUCACUUCCUAGUAAUGCUAGGAGCACAAAGGAGGACAGAAAACUUGCAGUUUCUGACAGGCAAAAGCAACACAGUUUGGGGACAGGAAAAUCAACUUCUACCAGUCAGCCUGCUGGCAUGAGUCCUAAAGGGAUCCCAGUUCCAAUGCAAGAUCCCAAAGAGAAGAAUAAGGCAGCAAUUCAGACUAGUGGCAGGCUGGAAAACCAUAAUGGAGCAACGAGUACAAGAUUGAAUCCUGCUGCAGUUUCAAAGCAAGCCUCCAUAAAAAGGGAAGAGUCCCAACAGUUGAAGAAGCAACAAAAGGUGCAAAUAAUCAAGAAUUCAAAACCUGAAGCAAGUUCUCAACUUCGUCAUCUUAAAAGGAAGAAACCUGACGACUUCGUCGAUGCUAGAGCCAUUAGCAUUAUGAUCAGAAAAAUGUAUGGGUAUGAUCCAAGCAAGUACCACGACAAUGAAAAGGAUGAUAAAGCCAUGGAGGCUACUUUUGAAGAUAUUCAGAGGGAGGAAAGAAGAAGUGCCAAAAUUGCAAGGAAACAGGACCAAGAAGAGCUUCGCAAGAUUGUAGCUGAAGAAUCAAAAGCCCGCAUGAUGAAAGAGACUGCCAAGAAACGCAAGCUUAUCCACUGA